AUGACACUUGCUGAUACUACUCAGUAUCAAAGGUUUGUAGGAAGCCUGUUAUAUCUCAAUGUGACCAGAAUUGAUAUUGCAUAUGUAGUGGAAAUAUUAAGCCAAUUUAUACAUAAUCCCGAGCAAUCUUGUAUGAAUGCAGCUUUGAGGGUGGUGAAGUACAUCAAAAAUGCACCAGGUCUUGAUCUGUUAAUGCCUUUAGAUGGCUUAGGAAAGUUUGAAUCAUAUUGUGACUCUGACUGGGGUGGCUGCCUGCAGACCAGAAGGUCAACCACAGGAUACCUAGUUAAAUUUAGCAAUGCUAUUAUGUCGUGGAAGUCUAAGAAGUAG